AUGAACAGAAUAUCUAGCUCUGAUUCCCUUUCAACACCAAGGUUUCGGUGUUUUGAUCCCACCAACUCUAACUCUUACCCAGAUCACACCACUAAUCACAAACACUACAUCCCAACAACCACUUCAAAUUCCAAUUCCACUACUGAAAUGAUAACUCCUAAAAUCGUCACAAGUGACAACGGUUACAUUCUUGAAGAUGUUCCUCACCUAUCUGAUUACCUCACUGACCUUACUACUCAUCCAAAUCCAUUACAAUAUAAUCAAACUUACUCAGCGGUGAGGCAAUGUUUUGUUGGUGAGGAUGAUUCGGUAGCCCAACAGAUUGUUGUCCAGAAGGACGGUCCCAGAGGGCCCCACUUUCGACGAGCAGGACCUCGUCAAACGGUAUCUUUUGAACCAGAAGAAGUGAACGCUUGCAUAGUCACAUGUGGGGGUCUAUGCCCUGGUCUAAACACAGUGAUCAGGGAGAUAGUCUGUUGCUUACACCACAUGUAUGGUGUAAACACAGUUCAUGGGAUUGAGGGUGGAUAUAAAGGCUUCUAUGCUAGAAACACAAUCCCAUUAACCCUAAAAAUUGUCAAUGACAUUCAUAAACGUGGUGGCACCAUUCUUGGAACAUCUCGUGGAGGUCAUCACACAUCAAAAAUUGUAGACAGUAUUCAAAAUCGAGGCAUCAAUCAGGUCUACAUAAUUGGAGGAGAUGGAACUCAAAAGGGUGCUUCAGUAAUUUUUGAGGAAAUUAGGAGGCGUGGCCUGAAAGUUGCAGUGGCUGGAAUCCCAAAGACUAUAGACAAUGACAUACCGGUUAUAGAUAAGUCCUUCGGUUUUGAUACUGCCGUCGAGGAAGCUCAACGAGCUAUCAACGCAGCUCAUGUUGAGGCUGAAAGCUUUGAGAAUGGCAUUGGUGUUGUCAAGUUGAUGGGACGCCAUAGUGGAUUCAUAGCAAUGUAUGCUUCUAUUGCAAGCCGAGAUGUUGACUGUUGCCUGAUACCAGAGUCCCCGUUUUACCUUGAAGGACCUGGAGGACUAUUCGAAUACAUCAAAAGAAGACUUCAAGAGAAUGGACACAUGGUAAUAGUGGUAGCUGAAGGUGCAGGACAAGAAAAUCUUUCUGAGAAUACUCGUAACAUUAACCAGCAAGAUGCUUCUGGCAAUAAGCUACUUCAAGAUGUUGGACUCUGGUUAACACAGAAAAUCAAGGAUUACUUCUCAACGCAAGAAAAGAUUAACAUAAACCUCAAAUAUAUAGAUCCCACUUACAUGAUCCGGGCGAUUCCAAGCAACGCAUCCGACAACAUAUCCUGCACACUCCUUGCUCAGAGCGCCGUACAUGGUGCAAUGGCAGGAUAUACUGGUUUCACAAUUGGCCCUGUUAAUGGAAGACAUGCUUACAUACCUUUCCAUCGCAUUAAUGAGAGACAAAAUAAAGUUGUAGUAACCGACCGAAUGUGGGCAAGGCUACUACUAGGUUCAACCAAUCAGCCAAGUUUCCUAAAUGCUCCAGACACUUUUGAAGAUGAUCAUACAGAAAUCCACUCUGAAAAUGAGGAAAGCGAAGAAAACGGUUACCAUGGUCAAUUCUUAAUCUGUGACUGA